UUAUUUUUAUGGUAUAAGGAACAUCACGAACGUACGUAUUGUAAUUUGUGAAAUACAUAUACUGAUUUAUAAAAUAAUCUCUUAUGCUGCAAAGUUAUUAUCUUUAAUCUCUUUCCCUUCAUUUAUUGAGUAAUAAAAAAUAACAUUUUAUGCUAUUAAAUAUGGAUAAAAGUUUAAUCAAGGAAAUACACUAUUUAACGCAUUUAAUAGAGAAUCAUAAGAGGAAAUCAUCAGAUAAAUUGUGCUGUGUGGAUAAACCUAUUAUAAACCAACCUUUAAAUUCUGCAAAAUCUGAGAAAUGUAUAAAUUUACUUAAUAAAUCCCAACAAUUGUCCAGAACAUCUAGUAGUACGUCAUGCAAUGUAUUAACCAGUACUAAUGUAUAUAUUAAUCCAAACUUCAAUCGUCAAAAUUCUGCAAUAUAUGUUAAUCCAAAAUUACAUAACAGAUCUUUAGUACACGUUAAUCCAUCUAUGAUGAAAAAUAUUAAUUCCAAUGAAGAUGUGCAAAGUAAUUCUGUAAAUAUAGCAAGUACAAAUUCUAUACAAAAAUCAGUACAUGUUAAUCCAAAAUUAAUCAAAAAGUUGUCUUCCUCUGUACAAUUUAAACCGGCAGAACAUAAAGAAAAAGUAAUACAAAAUAUUACCUAUCCUGUUUGUUCAAGAUUAAAACUUGUUAAGAAUACAAAUUCUCCAAAGGUUAUUCAUAAUCAAAAGAAAGUGAACAAUUCUAGUAUUGUAGUUUUAUCACAAAGAAAACUUUUGCGUGUAAGGCGAGGGUCAAGAAAAUCCUUCAGUACUUCUCAAACAGAACUAUGUAAGAUCAAAAAAACUUCAAAUUCAAUAGUAACAAAUGUGAAACCUGCACCUCAAAAAGUUAUGAAAACAAAGAUAACAAAUGUUUUGCAACCGUCAAUUAAUGAAGAUAUUAAUUUAGUGAAAUCACCAGUUAUAAAACCUAAAAUAAAUAAAUACAGAAUAGAUCGAACAGCAUCAAAAACUACAAAUGCAAUAGAACAUGCAAGCCUUGGUCAAAAAAAGACUGUAUAUGUAUCUAAAAUAAAUAAUAAAAUGGAACUAAUUACGAUUGGAGGAAUUGUUUAUAAAUGUUCCAAGAAUCAUUUAGUACGUAAAAGUUAUGGAAUAAAAAAAAAACGGGCCAUAAAUCUUAAAGUUGACAAAUUUAUAAUAGCUACCAAUGGGAAAAAAUUAUGUAGAGUAAAAUCUAUGAAAGAAACUUUAAGUAGUUCAAGUAAAAAAAUAUCGAAUUCAACAAAUGCAAUUAAAUCCCCAUCUAAUAUGUCACAAAAAAUAAGUUAUAAAAAUAAUAUAAGCAAUAAAGUCAAACAAAAGAGUAUACAAAUAUUACGCAACAAAAUGCAAAAAAAUAACCAACCAUGUUUAAUAUUUCAAAAAUUUGGGUAUUGUUCAAAUCAUGAAAAAGGGAUUUGUGUAAAGCGUCAUGACAAGAAACAAAUUUCUCUCUGUAAAAAAUUUCUUCAAGGAAAUUGUUUGUUGGAUAAAUGUCCAUUAUCUCAUGAUGUAGGUCCAGAAAAAAUGCCAACUUGUAAAUACUUCUUGGAAGGUUGCUGUACUCGGGAUGCUUGCCCUUAUCGUCACAUCAAAGUUUCUUCCAGUACUCCAAUUUGUAUAGAUUUCCUGCAAGGAUAUUGUGCCAAAGGUAGUGAGUGUAAACAGCGCCAUGAAAAUCUAUGUCCAGAGUUUGAGAAAACAGAGAAAUGCAGUAAAGGUGAGUAUUGUCCUUACCCACAUAAAACACAAUCACCUUCUAAGAAUCAAAACCAUUUAAAAAGAAAAUACAAUAUGCACUGCAAUCAAACAGUAACAACUGUUACAAAAGAUACUUUAUCUGUUGAAAACAGACUUAGAUAUUAUGAACAAGCACCUGCUUUAAAUAAAUCUCUUGAUAAAAAAAGAGAGAACAUUAUGAAAAAAAUUAAUCUUAUGAAAAAUAUAGACUCUGUAGUUCGCUCUAAUACAUCAAUUGAAACGUCUAAUAAUAAUACAAAUUUGGAAAUAAAUGAAAAUAGUGAUGAAUUAGAAACCGUUUCUGAUCCAAAAGUAUUGAAACGUCCUCCAAUUGGUGUUCUACCUGCUUAUAUACCUAUUGAUUAAUGCAAAAAAAUGUAAUUAUUGGUAAAAUUCUUUCGAUACUUUUUAUGGUUUUAGUAAUCAUUUAUUUCAAAUGAUAUAUCAUGUUUGUGUAAUUUGACAAAAUAAUUUAUGUUUAACAACCGAAAAAAAUUUUUAUUUGUAGCUAAUAAAAGAGUUACGUUUGUAUUAUGUUAUAUUCAGCUAUACACAAAAAAUGGCAAUUAUAUUUUGUAAUGUAUACACAAUAUCAGAAUGAAAGAUAUAUAUAUGACAAAAUGAAAGUAUGUCAUCUAUG